CAGCGCAGUCGGCCGUAGCUGUGGCUCAUGGAGCCACACCGUAGGGGCAUUGUCACCCUUACCCUCGGUGGCCUUAAUCCUGUGUGGAAAUGCAGCAACUCACUUGACCUUGCCCCUCUGGGGCUCAGCAGCCCACCGACUCCUGACGCCCUCUGCCCCUACCCCGUGCAGCAGGAGCCCGGCCAUGGUGAACGAGCCCAGAGGGAAUGGCGGCCCUGGCCCCCGCUUGGAGAGCAGCAGCAGUGGCAUCGAGGGCUCCAAGGAGGGUUCGAGAUGUUCCUCUCCAGGGCUGGACCCCGAGCGGCACGAGAGACUCAGGGAGAAAAUGAGGCGGAGGAUGGAGUCAGGCGACAAGUGGUUCUCACUGGAAUUCUUCCCUCCGCGGACGGCACAGAGAGCUGCCCAGCUCAUCUCCAGGUUUGACCAGAUGGGGGCAGGCGGUCCCCUCUUCAUAGAUGUGACCUGGCACCCAGCAGGAGACCCUGGAUCUGACAAGGAGACCUCCUCCAUGAUGAUCGCCAGCACUGCUGUCAACUACUGUGGCCUGGAGACGGUGCUGCACAUGACCUGCUGCCGUCAGAGCCAGGAGGAGAUCACAGGCCAUCUGCAUAAGGCCAAGCAGCUGGGCCUGAAGAACAUCCUGGCGCUGAGAGGAGACCCCGUGGGUGACCAGUGGGAGGAGGAGGAAGGCUGCUUCCGCCACGCCACAGACCUGGUGAAGCACAUCCACAGCGAGUGCGGUGACUACUUCGACAUCUGUGUGGCAGGUUACCCCGAAGGCCACCCUGACGCAGAGAGCUUCGAGGCCGACCUGCAGCACCUGAAGGAGAAGGUGUGUGCAGGCGCCGACUUCAUCAUCACGCAGCUUUUCUUUGAGGCUGACACCUUCUUCCACUUUGUAAAAGCUUGUUCCGAGAUAGGCAUCACCUGCCCCAUCCUCCCCGGAAUCUUCCCUAUUCAGGGCUACCACUCCCUGCAGCAGCUCAUGAAGCUGUCCAAGCUGGAGGUGCCGCAGACCAUCAAAGACGUGAUUGAGCCAAUUAAGGACAAUGACGCUGCCAUCCGCAACUACGGCAUCGAACAAGCCGUGAGCCUGUGCCGAGAACUGCUGGCAAGUGGCCUGGUGCCCGGCUUGCACUUCUACACACUCAACCAAAAUAUGGCCACCACCGAGGUGCUGAAGCGCCUGGGAAUGUGGACAGAGGACCCCAGGCGUCCCCUGCCCUGGGCUGUCAGCGCCCACCCCAAGCGCCGGGAGGAAGAUGUGCGUCCCAUCUUCUGGGCCUCUAGACCGAAGAGUUACAUCUACCGCACCCAGGGGUGGGAUGAGUUCCCCAACGGCCGCUGGGGCAAUUCCUCCUCUCCGGCCUUUGGGGAGCUGAAGGACUACUACCUCUUCUACCUGAAGAGUAAGGCCCCGAGGGAGGAGCUGCUGAGGAUGUGGGGGGAGGAGCUGACCAGCGAGGAAAGUGUGUUCCAAGUGUUCGUCCACUACCUCUCCGGAGAGCCCACCCAGAACGGCUGUCGAGUCACUUGCCUGCCCUGGAAUGACGAGCCCUUGGCGGCUGAGACCAGCCUGAUGAAGGAGGAGCUGCUGCGUGUGAACCGGCAGGGCAUCCUCACCAUCAACUCGCAGCCCAACAUCAAUGGGAAGCCGUCCUCGGACCCGGUCGUGGGCUGGGGCCCCAGUGGGGGCUAUGUCUUCCAGAAGGCCUACCUGGAGUUCUUCACCUCUCGAGAGACAGUGGCGGCGCUUCUGCAGGUGCUGAAGAAAUACGAGCUCCGGGUGAACUACCACAUCGUGGACGUGAAGGGUGAAAACAUCACCAAUGCUCCCGACCUACAGCCCAACGCUGUCACUUGGGGCAUCUUCCCUGGGCGAGAGAUCAUCCAGCCCACGGUGGUGGAUCCUGUCAGCUUCAUGUUCUGGAAGGACGAAGCCUUCGCCCUGUGGGUGGAGCAGUGGGGCAAGCUAUAUGAGGAGGAGUCCCCGUCCCGGCUGAUCAUCCAGUACAUCCACGACAACUACUUCCUCGUCAACCUGGUGGACAAUGAGUUUCCGCUGGACAACUGCCUGUGGCAGGUGGUAGAAGACACGUUUGAGCUUCUCAACAGACCCACCUCGGAAAGAGAGGGAGACAGGCUCCGUGACCCUGCACCCUGACAUCCUUAGCUCGGCCGGCUGUGUCCUGCCUUCCUCUCCCCCAGGAUUGGCUCUUCUGGGGAACCCUAUCUCCAUCUGUCCCCAAGCCCUGGCCUGCACUCCCCCACAUGUAAUGGCAGCUAGACUGGUGUGAGGCUCUGGGCUCUGGGCUCUGGCUGGCCCUGAGUCAGCCCCACGUGGGAGCCUGGCAUUCCCUGCCCAGGCGGGAGAUUUUGCUCUUUUGUGGGGAGCACCCCCACCCCAUAGAGGACCAUGGUGGGUGGAACCCUGUCCUCCCUGUGAAGGGGAGGAGGCUGGUUAUUGCUGACUGGACCCUCCCUGCCUGCAUGAGACUGCCGGUGACCUUGCGCUUGGGGCCUACGGGAGACGGGCAAAGCAAACAUGGGCAGCAGUCACUGGCAGCCCUGCCAAAUAGCUGUGGCAGAGUGAAGGUGCUGCCCUUCCACUUCCACAUUGGCAGCUGGGCACUUCCUGCUUGUGACUGAAGGGCAGAUACUACCCUGGCACCAGGCCCCUGGAGGGCCUGGGGCUGAAACCCAGUAACAGGCACUUCCUGCCACCUUCUACCUGAGAGCUUAGCUGGCUUUCACCCUUCGGCAAUGCUGCUUUUUGAAACACUUGUCUCUCUCUUCUGGUGGCUCAAGAGAUAAAGCACCUCUUAAGGGUG